AUGGGAUUUUUGAGUGGUGUGCUUGGUGCGGUGAAAGAUGAUCCAAGCGUUACUACGUACUAUACUGGCAUGGAAACAACACUCCAAAAAAUUAAAGACAAUAUGCACAAUCCUGGCGGAUUGUCUGCGGCCGUUGACGCUGUGAGCACGGCGCUGGGGGAGUGGGAUGGAGAAUUAAAUAAAAGAUGCACUGACGUAAAAAACUAUUUUAAUAAUCUAAAUUCUGACAAAUUAACUCAAUUUAAUAAUUCACUUAACGCACUUAAUACAUGUGAGCCUAGUGACGUGGCCGCCCGUUUGGGUGAUUGCAUAGAGAAGGCCAAGGACGUGUCCGACGCCUUCGACUGGGCUGAAGGAGCGUACAAUCAGCUCGACAAAUCGCUUACAGAUAAGUCGAAAGAUCUCGUAAAUAACAUAAAAGUGCAGGUGAAAUCGUUCGUGGCGGCGGCAAAACAUGAGGAGUUGAAGACGGUGGUAGAGACGGCGGGGAGGGAGCUCAAGACUCAGGAGACUCAAGUGAUUGCUCACGCUACACAUUGCAUGACUCAAAUGAGAGAGAGUCUUGAUGAGCAAAUGGUUACACUACUUAAAAAUAUAGAUACCGCGAACAACAAAUUGAAGCAGUGGCUGGCAGCGAUGGGAGAAUGGAUCAAUGAAACAAAAACCUUUAUUGCUGAAUUACUGCAGAAACGCGCGGAUGAAAUAUUGUAUGAAGUGAAUGAAGGUGCCGAAACUUGCAAGCGUAAGCAAGUAGCUCAAGCAAUUCAGGUAAAUGAAUUAAAUCUAGAAGGCGCUGUUGAAGACUUGGAGAGAUGGAAUACCGGAAGCUAG